UUCUUGGAGCUUUAAGGGAAGGGAUGGAGAUGUAAACCACAGGAGGGGGGGUAGAAGUGGCGUAUAAAACCUAAAGUGGAGAAGGAAAUACCCCAGAACCUUUGUUGGGUUAAGGAUCGCAGGAGGAACAGAGGGAAGGAAGAGAGUAACCUGCUGUACCUGAACUGGUGCUUUUUGCAGAGGUGAAGACAUGCUGUGGUUUCUGGGGCUGACCUGUGUGCUCUGCAUAGGAGGGAGCGCUGUUGCAGGACAGAGAGAUGGAGAAAUUAUCAGUCAGAUUAAAAUGACUAAUCUCGUCUUGGGUGAGAUUAAAGAGCUUUUGAAGCAGCAGAUUAAGGAGAUUGUAUUCUUAAAGAACACAGUGAUGGAGUGUGAAGCCUGUGCAAUGGGGGGUAUGCAACCUCAACCCACCUGUGUGCCCAACUCCUGCCACCCUGGGGUGAGCUUUGUGGAAACACCAGAGGGUGUAAAAUGUGGACCCUGUCCUCACGGCAUGGAAGGAAACGGUACCCACUGCUCUGACGUGGAUGAGUGCACUGUGAAACCGUGCCACAUGGGUGUUCGCUGCAUCAACACAUCCCCAGGUUUCCGCUGCGGCUCCUGCCCUGCUGGAUACACUGGCCCGCAGGUCCAGGGCGUCGGUCUUGCCUACGCCACUGCCAACAAACAGGUAUGCAGAGAUAUUAAUGAGUGUGAUGGUCCCAACAAUGGAGGCUGCGUGGCGAACUCCGUGUGUCUGAACACCCCCGUAAGUAUGAACAAAGUGAAUUUCCAUGAAAUUGGUGAUUAGAUCUAAGCCUCACUGUUUGAGCACUUAUGCUCAUGUUGUGCAGACCACAAAACAGAGCCAAUAAAAGCAUUAUGUACAGCUUCUAAAACAUUUUCCAUCCUUAUGUGUGGAGUCGGAUGGGCUGGCAAUGGCUACGUGUGUGGUCCUGACACCGACAUUGAUGGUUUCCCAGAUGAAAAACUGGACUGUCCUGAUAGUAACUGCAACAAGGAUAACUGUCUCACUGUUCCAAACUCUGGUCAAGAAGAUGCUGACAGUGAUGGAAUUGGAGAUGCCUGCGAUGAAGACGCAGAUGGGGAUGGGAUCUUAAAUACACAGGAUAACUGUGUGUUGGUGCCCAAUGUGGACCAGAGGAACAUCGAUGAGGAUGACUUUGGCGAUGCCUGCGACAACUGUCCUGCCGUCAAAAACAAUGACCAGAAAGACACAGACGUGGACAAAUAUGGAGAUGAAUGCGAUGAGGAUAUCGAUGGCGAUGGAAUUCCCAAUCACCUUGACAACUGCAAAAGGGUCCCAAAUGCUGACCAGAAAGAUCGAGACGGUGACAAAGUCGGAGAUGCCUGCGACAGUUGUCCCUAUGAUCCCAACCCUGACCAGAUGGAUGCGGACAAUGAUUUGAUUGGCGACCCCUGUGACACUAACAAGGACAGUGAUGGCGAUGGUCACCAAGACUCUCGGGACAACUGCCCAGUUGUCAUCAACAGCUCUCAGUUGGAUACUGACAAAGAUGGAAAGGGAGACGAGUGUGAUGAUGACGAUGACAACGAUGGGAUCCCAGACCUGCUGCCACCUGGUCCUGAUAACUGCCGUCUGAUCCCCAACCCUCUACAGGAGGACUCUGACGGUAACGGCGUGGGUAAUGUAUGUGAGAAGGAUUUCGACAACGACACCAUAAUUGACCCAAUAGACGUCUGUCCAGAAAACGCAGAGGUCACCCUCACUGACUUCAGGGAGUACCAGACAGUCGUUUUAGAUCCAGAAGGAGACGCACAAAUCGAUCCUAACUGGGUGGUGCUGAACCAGGGAAGAGAGAUCGUCCAGACUAUGAACAGCGAUCCUGGAUUGGCUGUUGGUUACACGGCUUUCAGCGGAGUAGAUUUUGAAGGAACAUUUCAUGUUAAUACGGUAACGGACGACGACUAUGCAGGUUUUAUAUUUGCGUACCAGGACAGCUCCAGCUUCUACGUGGUGAUGUGGAAGCAGGUGGAGCAGAUCUACUGGCAGGCAAACCCGUUCAGAGCCGUGGCAGAACCAGGAAUCCAACUGAAGGCAGUGAAAUCAAACACAGGUCCAGGUGAAAACUUGCGGAACGCUUUGUGGCACACGGGCGACACCACCGAUCAGGUGAAGCUCCUGUGGAAAGACGCUCGCAAUGUUGGCUGGAAAGAUAAGACCUCGUACCGCUGGUUCCUCCAGCACCGGCCUGCUGACGGCUACAUCAGAGUUCGUUUCUACGAGGGCACUCAAAUGGUAGCGGACACGGGCGUCAUCAUAGACGCGACCAUGAGAGGAGGCCGACUGGGAGUCUUCUGCUUCUCCCAGGAGAACAUUAUCUGGGCCAACCUGCGUUAUCGCUGCAAUGACACUCUUCCAGAGGAUUUUGAUGCCUACAGAGCCCAGCAGGUCCAGCUGGUAGCCUGAUGACAACAAACAGGCCCAAUGCACAGCUGGAUCUCAGAAAGAGGAUCAUCACGGCGAUAAAAGUUUAAUUAAAAAUCCAACAUAAGUGUUGGAAAUGUCUCCAGUGAAAAUUGAUUGAUUGUGCUGCAGAGCAACGGUAAUAUGUGUUCAAAGGGAAGUGGUAUAAUGUUAGAUUAAAAAUUAUAUAACAUUUUCCACUUCAGAAAAACCACUUGAAAAGAUUGGACUGUCACUAAUGAAUAAAUGUUGUUGUUGUGUGGGAAUUUGAUGUCUGUGCAUACUGAAACCAUGGAUAUCAAACAUGCAUCUAAUAUCCCUGUUUAGAUGCAUCCACUUGGGUAUUUUAGCGCUUACCAUCUUGUUUUUUUGUUUUUUGCUUUAAACUAGAUGUCAUUAAGACACUGGACAUUCACCAUAAGGGAUCUGUAUAUGACAAUGUAGUCACUCCCCAAAGCAGGCUAUGCUUUUUUCUCAAUUUUACUCUAAAUGGGUAAAUAAUUUACAAAAUAAAAAUUAAAUUGUAUUGAAGAGAACCUGAAGCUAGCAACUGAAACAAUACAUUUAUGAGUAAACUGUUUACUGUGGGCAUAAAUCGAGUGAGCAGUAGGGUCAUUUUUCUUAGAGACUUCUAUACAAAUUGGCUAAUUUUAGCAUUGAGAAGAAUCGCCCCCUGCUGGUCAUUAGAAAUAAUGCAAGUUUAAAGCACUUAAGAAUCAGCUCGACUUCUCUGACCGAGAAGUUUUAUAGCACAGUCUAUAACAGAGGAAGGUAAAUUACAUUUCCUUUAAUAAAAUUACGUUAAUGAUCAUUCAAUUUAAAAUUGGCUUUAUAGGUAUUAUAUGUUAGUAAACAGGAACAAGCCGAACAUGUGAUUUUAAGUAACAGACUUGACUUGCUUUUUGUUUUCAAACUCAACAGCUUUUAGUGGAAAUUAACAUUCUGAACAAGUCACAAGCAUGCACAUAUCCAAAAUAAUCUUUUAAAUUUGCAUUUGGAAAUACAGAUUACAAAAUAGAAACAAUAGCAAAGACAAUAUACAACAGGGUCGAAACAUCAUGCAUGUCCACAGCAACACGCUGUGAUGCGACACUGGACAGUUUCUUUUUAAUCGGCAUAUUCUGCAAAUCAAGACUAUGUGCAGAGAAAAAUCUGUCUUCCACAUUCAAUUUAAUUUGACUUUUUUUUUUUUUUA